GAGGCCCAGCGGCGAGCUGGCUUUCUCCUGGUCACUCGCGGGGGUGAGGGGCAGCAGGAGGAGUCCGAGAGGAAGCGGAGUCGCGAGCUGGAGGCGGCGGUUCCCGUCGGCCUCCGGCAGGACUGAGUGCUGGGAGGCCGGAAGGCGGGCGCGUACGGCGGAGAGGCGGGAGGGAGGCCGGUGAGACGGCUGGGAAGCGAACGGAGCCGGGGCUCAGGAGCAUAUUAAUGAAAAGUGCCAUAGACUGAAAAACCAAACAUGAGGGUAGCAGGUGCUGCAAAAUUGGUGGUAGCUGUGGCAGUGUUUUUACUGACAUUUUAUGUUAUUUCUCAAGUAUUUGAAAUAAAAAUGGAUGCAAGUUUAGGAAAUCUAUUUGCAAGAUCAGCAUUGGACACAGCUGCACGUUCUACAAAGCCUCCCAGAUAUAAGUGUGGGAUCUCAAAAGCUUGCCCUGAGAAACAUUUUGCUUUUAAAAUGGCAAGUGGAGCAGCCAACGUGGUGGGACCCAAAAUCUGCCUGGAAGAUAAUGUUUUAAUGAGUGGUGUUAAGAAUAAUGUUGGAAGAGGGAUCAAUGUUGCCUUGGCAAACGGAAAAACAGGAGAAGUAUUAGACACUAAAUAUUUUGACAUGUGGGGAGGAGAUGUGGCACCAUUUAUUGAGUUUCUGAAGGCCAUACAAGAUGGAACAAUAGUUUUAAUGGGAACAUAUGAUGAUGGAGCAACCAAACUCAAUGAUGAGGCACGGCGGCUCAUUGCUGAAUUGGGGAGCACAUCUAUUACUAAUCUUGGUUUUAGAGACAACUGGGUCUUCUGUGGUGGGAAGGGCAUUAAGACAAAAAGCCCUUUUGAACAGCACAUAAAGAACAAUAAGGAUACAAACAAAUAUGAAGGAUGGCCUGAAGUUGUAGAAAUGGAAGGAUGCAUCCCCCAGAAGCAAGACUAAUGGAAAUGUGGAGAGAAUUGAAGAAAGCGCACUUUCACUAUUAAUGGGAGAGCUGUGUGUAAAUAUUUUAAGAGCAUGCAGCCAUCUUUGUGUGUGCAUGAGUAUUGUCUCUUUUGAUAUCAGGAUUAUUUAUUGCUAACGUAAAUAGAUAGCAUUGUAAAUAGUCAUCACAAUGAUCAAAUCACUGAACCAUGUCUGCACAUUUCCCUAAAAGUACAAUGUUUAGACUGCUGUGGUAAUACGUAUUUUAAAUUCUAAAAGCAUACCCAAUGUGUAACUGAACAGAUCGUGAAAAAUAUAUUGAUAUAUAUACUAGUUGCUGUGAAAAUAUCAUGGAAUAACAUGGAUUUUAGGGUGGAUACUUUAUUUUCUUUUAUACCUCUAUAUAUUGCCUUGUGAUGACAUUAUCUUUUAAAUUAAAAAGAGAUUUGGCUAGUUGUGUGUGUAAUGUUACUUUACAGUCCGACUCUCCUGAUGUACCUCUUUUCAUGAUCUUUUUCUUUCCUUCCCAAGAAACUGAGGAAUGUUUAAUAUGAAAACACACAUUGGAUAUGUGAAAAGCACAACAAAAUUCUUAAUGUACACAGUAAAAAGUAAAUAUAUAAAUGUAGAUGGCAUUUAGGACCACAGCUUGCUGGAUUUGUGUUAGCUAUUGGAAUAACUUGAUUUUGUAUAAGCUAUUUAGAGUGAGGCUGGAGGUGGCAGUUUUACAGAACUGGAGAACCAGGCCAAGUCCCCUCCCCAACCUAAUUAGGUCAUUCAGGACAGCUAAGUCAGUAUAUUUAGAGCAAUACUAGCAUAUGUUUUUCUUAAUUGUUAUCAGCAUUGACCAAGUGGUUUGGAAAGAGGCAUGCUUUAAUAUCACAAUAAUUUUGAUUUGUAAACCAAGAAAUUAAUCCUGUGUUUAUCUAACUUCAUAAUAGCAGUUAUUGCCCGAAGCUAUAAUGGCAUAUUUACAAAAGUUCUUAUUACUGGGUGGACUGAUAACAUUUAAAAAAUAAUUGUGUUUGACCCCAAAUGACUUUAUACCCAAUUCUACAUAAAAAUAUAGAAGAUCUAUCUUUUUUGUUACUUUCAGAUGUUCACUAACUCAGUUUUUAAGCAGACGUUUUCAGGGCAUUAAAUAUAUGUUGUGUAUGAAAUAUCUCAAACUGGAACAUAAAUUUAGUGAUCAAACUGCCAUUCAUAAUGUAAGGCAACACUUAAAUUUCGAACCUAAAUUUUAAAUGGAUUGUAUAAAAAAUCCUAAAAGCAGUAUCUGUUAUUUAGCUGUAAACCAAGUUGGAAGCUAUUCAGAUAAUUUCUUAAAUAUUGAUGAACUUUGGAGUACUGUUUCUUCCUUCAAACUGAAUGUAAUUUAUGAAUAAAUGCACCUUAUAUGUUUAAACAAUUUUUGUAUACUUUUGGGAUUUUUGGUGCUUAUAUGCUAAAUCACAUUCAGCAUGUGUAUUUUGACAUUUAAAAUACUUCUCUCAAUUCUGUAAAUUAAAAGAAUAGUUAUUUUACAGUUCUAGGGAUUGUGAAAUAAAUGUCACUUUUUUUAAAAUAAUGAAAAUAAAUACUCUUGGUUUUGCUUUGUGAA